CAAAAUUACCAGCAGAGCAGAGCGUAGCACACAAAUUUUGGCUGUUAGCGGCGACGAUUGAAAUAACACGCAGUCUGACGGAAAAUUCGCUAGACGGCGGAAGAGCUUGUAACGUGGCUGGCAAUUUUCUUUUUAAAUCGACAAUCCAUAAAAUUUAUACUACAUUUUGUUUGAGUUUAAAAGAGUGAAGCUUUCUUCUUAUUUUCUUAAAUACAACCGCGUGUAACAGUUUACGUCAAAUUUCAAUUAGUGUCACGCGUAGCAAGAUGCCACAAAACACUAGACACAAAAAAAACAAACACCAAAAACACAAAAAGCAGCCCUCGAACUCCACAUCGCCUGAUGUCUCCUCAGAUGUUGAAAAUGACUUACCAUACAGAAUUGAAACAUCAGAUGUUAUGGGACGUUAUUUAGUAGCCAAUCGGAACCUAAAUGCAGGCGAAAACAUAAUUCAAGAAUCCCCAGUAGCGAUUGGUCCAGCGGCCAAUAGUGAAGCAGUGUGUCUGGGUUGCUACAUACCUGUCAAAUUGUCCCUUUCACAAUAUAGAUGUAGUGACUGCAAAUGGCCUCUCUGUUCGGCUGAUUGUCGAGGAAUUGGUCAUGUUAAUGGCCACACCGAAUACGAAUGUAAAUUCCUCAAAGAGAAAAAUUCAGCUGUGGAUCUUAUUGCUACUGCCACAUUGACCAAAAUCAAGCACCUCUACGAAUUAAUUCUACCAAUAAGAAUUCUUCUUAUGAAAACACACAAACCAGACAGUUAUGAAAGGAUUCGCGUUAUGGAAUCACAUAUCAAACUUAGAAAGCUUAAUAAGAUACUUUGGGACCACUAUCAAGAGAUUAUCGUAAAUAAACUUCUCAAAGAAUGGAAUUUGGAAGGUUUUUCGGAGGAAGAUAUUCAUACGAUUUGUGGUGUAAUUGAUGUGAAUUGUUUUGAAAUUGGUCAAAAAUCGGCAAAAGCGAGGGCCAUGUUCCCAAGUGCGUUUCUGCUAUCUCACGAUUGUGUUCCCAAUACCUCUCACACGGACCACCCAGAGACGUUUUCGAUAAUGUUACGUACUUCAAAGAGAAUCAAAAAGAACGAACCCAUCACAUUGAGUUAUGCAUACACUUUACAGGGAACUUUUAAACGAAGAGACUUCAUGCACGCUGGAAAAUUAUUCUGGUGCCAAUGCGAAAGGUGUUCGGAUCCAACCGAACUUAAAACAGACUGCAGUGCACUGGUGUGCGCCGAGUGUUCCAAAGGUUCGGUGAGGUCUAUCGAUCCCCUCGAUCAGGACGCCGAUUGGAAAUGUGACAAUUGUGCAUACAAACUUGGCGCUAAGUCAUUGGAAAGUCUUUUGGACAAACUAAAUAACGAAUUAGAGUCUAUUGAUCCCCAUAAUGUUGCAGGGCUUGAAGGAUUUUUGAAAAAAUACCAAAAUACCCUUCGACCAAAUCAUUAUCUAUUCCUUUCAGCAAAAUACUCCCUGUGUCAGGUUUAUGGACGCAUCGAUGGUUAUCUCAUUCAUGAAAUGUCCUUGGAGGACAUCAAGAGAAAGGAGAAAUACUGUCGUGAUUUUCUGACAGUGAUUGAUGUUCUCGAACCAGGACUGACACGUCUCCGAGGACUUAUCAUGUACGAGUUGCAUGCACCAAUCAUGGUUCUAUCCACAAGGUUAAUUCAAAACAAAUUAAUCACUCGCAAUGAUUUUCAAAGGAAUAUAAAGGAGGUUGCUAGACUAUUAAGGGAAAGUCGUGAUAUUUUAAAGAUGGAACCAGAAGGAUCAAAUGAAUAUAUGAUGGGACAAGCUGCUGAAGAUGCUCUCAAGGGCAUGGGAAUGGUUUAAAGAUUUGUUUUUUUUUUAAUUUGUAAUAUUAAAUGUUGAAUUUAUUUCCGUACUUACAA